AAGCGAGAGGGGAAAAGCUUUGCACGAGAAUAGCUCAACCAUGUCUGCAUAUCAGCGUACCCCAUAAAGCCCUCCUCUCUGACUCACUUCUCUGAAAUUUCCUGCACAAAUUAAGCACAUACUGGAGGAGGGAGUGAUCAGGGUGAGCAGCUGGUUCUUGAGCAAGCUCUCGAUCGGCCAUGGCGUUCAGACCGGGCCUGCUGUUCCUGCGCCUUGGUGCCUCCAUUGCGCUGCUCCUCGCCCUCUCCGCGCUGGUGCCUUCGUCAGGCAGAAUAUUGGAAGACGUGGGAAGCGUUAAGAUCCAUUUACCCGGACUGUGUAGGGGUGAUAAGGGAUGCCUGACCCCACCACAUUGCCUCUUCUGUUGUCCGUUUAAUAGCCAGUGCUAUUUUUCAGAAGAAGAGUGCACGACUGAAUGUCCCAAGUAUUCUCCCCUAGAUCCAGUGGUGGCGUCGAGUACUCGUGCACUGCCGCCUCCCGUCUAAGCUCUAGCAAAUAUAUUGCAUGAUCUGCGGAUGGAUAAUUCCUUCUGGUAAUAAAAAUGUCAUGAUGUUUGUGUAUCA